CGGAGAGAUGACACACACACACACACACACACACACACGAGAGACUUCACACAAAGGGGGAAGUUCGGGGUUUGAUUGUUUCACUAAUGGGGAAUGUGUGAUAUAAUGACAGAUCUAAAUGUAGAUGAUGCCAUGGACACUAAUCCAGUGCCAGAUGGUCUUUUUGCUGAGGAAGGAAGGAACAGAAAAGAUGACAUCAACCAGACUCAACAGAUGUCAAAUCAAAAGAAUAAGGAACAGCCAACAGAAGAAGGGAUCAACUCAAAAGCAGAUGGUCAAGCAGACAUGAUAGAGGCAUCUGCAUCUGCAUCAUGUGACUCUGAUGAUUUAUCAGUCUGCGAUAUGGAUUUUAGCAUGGCCAGAGAAGAUGUGAGGAUUGUGCUUCUGGGAAAAACUGGAGUUGGGAAGAGUGCAACAGGAAACACCAUCUUAGGAAGAGACGCAUUUAAAUCAGAGGAAUCUUUUGAAUCAGUGACCAGUGAAUGUCAGAGAGAAACAGCCAAAAUCAAUGGCAGACACAUCACUGUGACUGACACUCCUGGACUGUUUGAUACUGAACUCAGUCAUGAAGAGAUCCAGAGAGAAAUCACUAACUGCAUCUCAAUGUCACUGCCUGGACCUCAUGUGUUCAUUAUUGUGUUGAAUAUAGGACAACGUUUUACUCAAGAGGACGCGAAAUCAGUGAAGAUCAUUCAGGAGAUGUUUGGUGAAAAGUCUUUAAUGUACACCAUGGUGCUCUUCACCAGAGGAGAUGAUCUGAAGAAUAAAACCAUUGAGCAGUGGCUAGAAAAACCAGGAACUCCUUUGAUGAACCUGAUUGAACAGUGUGGAAACAGAUUCCAUGUGUUUAAUAAUAAUGAGACUAGAGAUCACACACAGGUUUCUGAUCUACUGGAGAAAAUAGACGCCAUGGUGACAGCAAACGGAGGCAGUUACUACUCAUGUAAGAUGUUCAGACAGAUGGAGAGAGAUCUACAAGAUAAACAAAUGAACAUACUGAAGGAGAGAGUCGAGACACUAAACAGAGAGAAGGAAGAACUCUUGACCAAAUAUGAAGCAGAGAAAGAGAGAAUGAAGAAGAUGAUGGAGGAAGAGAGACAGAAUCAAGACAAAGAGAAGAGAAGAAGAGAACAGGAUUUUAAUGAAAGAGAGGAACGAUACAAAAGAGAAAUAAAAGAAAAAGAGGAGUUUGAGAAAAAGAUGCAAGACGAGAUGAGAAGAGAACGAGAGGAAUGGAAGAAACAGAAACAAGAGGAAAGACUGAGAAUAGAAGAAGAGGAUGAGAAGAGGAGAAAGAAAGAACAAGAAUUUCUUUUGGAAUUUAGUCAGAAACUAAAAGAAAAAGAAAAAGAGACAAAAGAUCUUCAGAGCAAACAUGAACAAGAGAAAAAUACAAUGAAGAUUAUAAUGGAGGAAGAAAAACAAAACUGGAACAAAUGUCGUGAGACUUUUGAAAAACAAAUACAGAAUGAGAAAUAUCUGAGAGAAGAACAACAAAAGAUAUAUGAAAGCAAAAUUCAGUUAAUAGAACAACAGAAGCACAAUGAACUAAUGAGUUUAAAAACAGAGGAUUAUGCAGAAGAUAGAAGAAGAGACGUGGAGAACAUGAAAUCAUGCUGCACCGAACCAGCCUCUAGAGGGAAAGAAGAAAAAACACAAAACAUAGAACCUGGACACAGAAUCACAGGACAUCUCCUAGAACUACUUACUCGACUGAAACUUGAGGACAGACAUCAACAGAAACUAAUAGCAGCUGACAUUCUUGAAAUCAAACAAUCUUCACUUCAGUCUCAAGAGCCAUAUAGUGAGGAUGAACUUGUAAACUCAUUCCUUCAAAAACUGCUUAUAAUGGAUUGUAGCGGAAUAAAAAAAUCAAUAAAACAGAAUAAAACUGAGGAAGAGGAAGCAAAAUGCAAUUCUAAAGAUCACCCAGACAGUCUCUUCAAUAUUCACCCAAUGGAUGUUCAGAUGGCCGUGUUUCAUUGUGCUGAUAGUUUCCUGAAGCAGCUGAUGGUGACUAAACUGUCACAGUGUCAGUAUGCUCUGCCUCUGCUUGUACCGGAUCCAUUCACACAACACAUUGAGUUUCCUCUCUGGACAUUUAAACAAAUCAACAAGAGCUGGAAGACAUUUGAUGAUACAGGGGAAAUCAUCAGUAAAGUCCAGCCAGUCUGUAAGGCACAAACUCCAAUGGUGUGUUUCUUCAGGUUUGGAUCAGUGUCCUCAUCCAAGUCUCAGCUGAUGAACAGUCUGAUCAAUGAGAAACACAACACGUUCUUCCACAGGAACUGCCCAGGCAGCAGCAGAACCAGAGUACUGAUGGAUGGAGUGGUGGAGAUCGCCUGGUACUGCCCCUCUGGAAAAAACACUGAUACAUUUAAUGACUGUGUGGCGUUCUGUAAUCUACAUGGUGACGCCAUAGCCAAUGAGAAACAAUAUGAGAUUUUGACUGCUAUGGCCUCUGUGAAUGUUCUUAUCUUUUCUGAUUUUGGUCAGAAGAACCACUACAAGGGUUUGGUGAGAUCACUCUUCAAAUCUCCUCAGCAUCUCAUUUGUCUGCUUACUGACAGUGACUCUGAAAAAACUAAAAUGGGAAAUGGAAAGUUCAUAAUUGGUCUCAGGGAAAGAAAUGAAUCUGAUGUAUCUGAAGAGAUAAGAGAGAUUAUUAGAGAGAGUUUGACAGAGCAGACUAAGACCUUCAGACUGGAAAAUGUGGCCAAACACACAGGAAUCAGAGUAGAUGAAUACGAUGAAGAGUGUCAGAGAGGGAAAGAGGCUGCACUUCAAAUCAUCAGAUUAUUUAAGGGACAAGAACCAUCAACAUUGAAAGAAAUCAACCUGCCCUGUCAUGGGAAACUAUGGCAUUACUGGUGUGAAAAGAAAAAAGAGCUACACCGUCUCAGUGGAGAGAAUUUAGAGAAAGACAAAAGUGAAAAACUGCAAGUCAUGAGAGAAAUAAGACAGAAGCAAGCAGCAUACGGAUUGAGUGAGUGUAUGGAGAUAUUUGUUGAAAAUUUGAAAUCAUUGACAGUCAAUGAAAAAAACUAUUUCUUCAGGUGGCUGAGAAUUUGUUUUUAUGACUUCACUUCAGAAAAGCUCAGUGACCUCCGUGAAGACUAUGAUGUGACAUGGAAAGCAAUCUUGGACUUUAAAAAGGAGCACAAUAAAUCAGACCAACUGAGGAUAAAAGAGGAACAAAUUAAAAACAUUAUAGACCAAACAAAUAGAAUAACAUUAAGUCUUGAGCAUUUUUUUAGAGAAUUGGGCCAAAUGUAUGAAGCUUGUGAAUCAAUUAAAAAGGACAAUAGAGGACAGCAGCUCAAAGAUGUGAGAUUGUUUCCAAAAAUGGCAGCAGAGAUGAUGAUCUCUGGAUUUCCUCUGGAGCUGAUGGAUGGAGAUGCUGCUCAUGUUCCUCUGAUCUGGAUCUCUGCUGUUCUAGAUGAACUCAUCAGGAAACUGGGAGACCAGAGAGUGUUUGUGCUGUCAGUUUUAGGGAUUCAGAGCUCUGGGAAAUCCACCAUGCUGAAUGCCAUGUUUGGACUGCAGUUUGCCGUCAGUGCUGGCAGGUGCACCAGAGGAGCUUUCAUGCAGCUGGUCAGAGUGUCAGAGGAGAUGAAAGAACAACUAAAGUUUGACUAUAUUCUGGUGGUUGAUACUGAGGGACUUCGUGCUCUAGAACUGGCUGGAAGAUCAACAAGACAUAAUGACAAUAUACUGGCCUCAUUAGUAAUUGGUCUUGCCAAUCUUACAUUGAUCAACAUCUUUGGCGAAAACACAUCUGAAAUGCAUGAUGUUCUGCAAACUGUUUUAAAGGCUCUCAUGAGGAUGAAGAAAGUGAAUUUAAAUCCCAGCUGCAUGUUUGUGCAUCAGAAUGUUUCAGAAAUCACAGCUGGAGAGAAAAACAUGGAGGGAAGGAGAAAACUGCUGAAUACUCUUGAUGAGAUGACAGAACUUGCUGCUAAAGAUGAAGUCUGUGAUGCAGAAUGUUUCAAUGAUGUCAUUGCAUUUGAUGUAGAGAAUGAUGUGAAGUAUUUUGCACACCUCUGGGAGGGCAGCCCACCCAUGGCACCACCAAACCCAAACUACUGUGAAAAUGUUCAAGAACUAAAGAAAACUAUUCUUAAACAGGCCUCAACAUCAGAUGGCAUGAUGUUGACACACCUGAAAGAUCGUAUUCAAGAUCUCUGGGAGGCUUUACUGAAUGAACGAUUUGUGUUCAGCUUCACAAAUUCUCUGGAGAUUUCAGCAUACAGGAAACUGGAGACAGAAUACAGCAAGUGGACCUGGAGUCUUCGGAGUGCCAUGCUGGAAAUUGAACAGAAAAUAAACAAUAAAAUAGAAAAUAAAGCAAUUCAUAAUAUUGAGGAAACUUAUCUUAAAGAGAAACAAAAAUCUUCAGCCGAAAAAGUGAAAAAGUCAAUGUCUGAGUUCUUUGAGAAAGACUCAGAUGCAGCUAUACUGAUUCAGUGGAAAAUGUCAUUUGAAUUAAAAAUCAAUGAUCUUCUAGAAAACAUUGUGAGAGAUACAAAGAGGAAAUUAAAUGAUAUUCUUCAGCAGCGCGACAUUAAGAAAGAGACUGAUGCUCAGAGGACACAUCAUGAAAACACUCUCUUUGAAAUAAGCAAAGAACUUGCCUUAAAACUCAAAGACAAAGCAAAAGAUGAAGAGACACUGAAGAAAGAGUUUGAUUCCUUUUGGAAACAAUGGUUGGAUGUGGUCAAAAGAAAUUCUCCUCCAAUCAAAGACAUUGACAUAUUAAGAGAUGUGAAAAUGCUCCUCAGUGACAUCUAUAAAAGUGCUCCUGUAGAACACAGUGAGAAACACUAUGCAUAUAAUGAUAUUUUAUCACUGCCAAGUUAUGCAGAAUACAUUAUCAAGAAGUACAAAAAAACUUUUAACACAGCAAAGAGAGACUACAAUCCAAACAAAGAAACUCUAUCUAAAAAAGAUGAAGACCAAAUUAGAUCCUUAAUCAAAGACAUUGCAAAGGAAACAGACAAAAUUAUGAAGUCGAAACCAAUUGCAAGUAUGGGUUACAACAUCACUUACAUUCAAGAACUUACAGAUUACAUCAAGAGGAUGGUAAAAGAACACAAUGAAGGACCAGUGAAAUAUGUGUUCAAGAACGAAUUCGUCAUAGAUCUGACAUAUUGCCUUUGUAAAAGAGCAAACAAGACAUUCACUGACCAACACAGACUGUUCAGAGAAGCCAAUGAUCCUGUUCUCUAUGUUGAGAUGAAGAGAGGAGAGUACUACAGUAUUUUCCAGAAAUAUUGUAAAGGUGCAACAUCAGUGGUAAUAUUUGGUGAGAUCAUCUGUCAGAAACUGAAAGAGCCCAUCGAACAGAGUCUCUACAAAAACACUGCGAUAGAUUUAGUAGAUGAAAUGAGAACAAACUGUGAAUCACUGAAUGGAAACAGAACAAAUCUGGAGAAACACAUCCUGAAGACACUGGCAGAAGAGGAGGAUUUUGAGAAAUACAUGAACUACAUUCAUAAUCCCAGAGAUCACUUCAAGAGUUUCAUCAGAGAUGAAGUCAGUCAGUACAUCACUGAUAAGUUCAGUGUCAGUGUUCUGCCCAAGAUGAUGAAGAACAUGAAACUCCUGCAGCAGAAGAUCAUGGAAGCAGCUCAUGAAUCUACUGAACAUGUUAAAGUGAACAGUGCAGAUGUUGAAGCAGCUCAUGAAUCUACUGAACAUGUUAAAGUGAACAGUGCAGAUGUUGAUUUGUGGUUGAAGUGUUUCACACAGAAGCUCUCAGAUGUGCUGAUAUUCUCUGAAAAAGACCUCAGUGGAGUGAGUUGUGAUGAUGUUGAUGAUUUCAGUCUCCUAGAAGAUGUGAUGAGGAAAACAAUCCCUUCAGUUAUAUGUGAUAUAAGCAGUAAAAUCAGUACAGAAACAUUUCCAGUGAAGCUGAAACAUAAGUACAGACCAGAUGAGCUUCUAAUUGAUCACUUCUGUCAGUGCUGUUGGGUUCAGAGUCCAUUCUGUGCUGCCAUCUGCACCAACACAAUAGAAAACCAUGAUGGAGAUCACAGUGUUCCUUUUCAUUUAGUAGAUGGAUUGAAAGGAUGGAUUUACAGAGGAACAACAAACUUGUCUAAUAACAUCUGCACAUCAGAAGUAGCAAGUGAUCAAUCUUUUCAUCCAAAUGACUCAGAUGACAGAGAAUGGAGAGAAUGCAGAACAGGAGGUCCUGAAUAUGCUAACUGGAGCAUUACACCUGACCUCUCUGAUCUGCCGUACUGGAAGUGGUUUGUGUGCAGAUUCCAGAAAGAUCUGGAAAAAUACUACCACAGAACAUUUGAAGGAUUGGACAAGAUUCCAGAUGAAUGGAGACAAUACAAAAAACAUGAAGCUAUUGAGAGUUUAGAUCAAUAUAGUUCACACAAUGUAGUAGAUGGAAAAUGAAUCACUUUCACUUAUUUAAUUCACAGAAAAUGCUUUAAAUUAGUUUCAUAUGACAGUGACACUGAAGUCAUGUACACCUCAGAGAGGCUGGAGUGAGUAAAAUGGAGAGAAGCAUUUUUUCUAAAAGAGUGAAGCAUUUUGAGAUAAGACGUCAAAGAAUUGUUACACAAAAAUAAUUGUGAAGUGAUGUACUGUAUAUAUGAUAUAUGACCUUUGAAAAAUUUGCAUGCUUGAGAAAAUAAUUAUAUAAAUCCUUAAAAAAACAAUCAAUAAUAUUUCAAAUUUUGAAAACUGAAAGAUCUAUCUUUCUAAUUAACUAAAUGAGAUUCACAUGGGACAGUAUAAAUCUUGUCCAUGAAAUUACUGAUGAAAAUGUUUGCUGAGGAAGGGCUUUAUUCUUCAACGAUAGCAAAAACAAGGCAAAAAAUAUGAAUCAUGAUAAUAAUUAAAAGAUCAAUUAAAACACUGUUGACAAAAAUAUGAAGAGAAAAAAAUAAUCAUGCAAGAUGUUAAAAGGGAUGAAAAAUGAUCUAGAGAAACAUGUUUAUAGAUGAAGAAACUUCUAAAAAUAACCAAUUCUUCUAAUUCAAUAAUUCAGAAUGUUCCUCUGCUUGAGUUGCGGGAACAGAGAGCUGAACACCUGUAAAAUUAACCGCUUUAACCCUACUGUAGAAUGCAUAUGUGGGUCAAAAAUUACCUUGCGUCUAGUUUUUAGGACAUCAUUUUUUACAUGAAGUGGUCUUUUGAUUUGCCACUCUAGAUAUUCCUCAAUAAAGGUAUGUUAUUCCUCAAA